GUCUUCGCAGGAUCAUUUUCCUGAAAAUUUACCUUGUCCCUAAAACCCAAAACAGGAAACAACAAACGACAAAACACAGAGCCGACCGAUACGCCCACAUUUUUCACGCACAUGACCUCCCGCGAUUCAUCGUCCGGAGCCGAGUCGAGCAUGGACUACUUCAGCCACGAAUCACCAACCAAACGCACCGUUUCGGCCACCGCCGUCUUCGAUCAAGACGUGGAAGCGGACGAUUCGGAGCUGUGGGACCAGUUCAACCGCAGGUUCAGCGAGGUCCAGUCCUUACUGGAUCGCAACCGCUCCCUGAUCCAGCAGGUCAACGACAACCACCGGUCUCGGGUCGCCGACAACAUGGUCAAGAACGUGGCGCUUAUCCAGGAGAUCAACGGCAACAUCUCCAAGGUCGUUUCUCUUUACUCCGACCUCUCAUCAAAUUUCUCCACCUUCUUCCACCACCACAACGCCAGCAAAAAUGCCGAGGACGGCGGUGCCGAGCCCGAUAACUAGUGUCGUUUUUCAGUAGAAUUUACUCCAAUCCCGACCACUUGAAAUUUGAGUUGAAUCUAAUAAAUCCCAGCUAGGUUUUUACAGUGUUAUUAGUGUUCUUAUUUUUGAAGUUUAUUUUCCCUAUUUGGUCAACAAAUCAGUGAAUUAUUAACGUGUUUAAUUUUAUGAAUAUUUGUUGGCAA